AUGGAGGACCAGGACUACGCCUACGACGAGGAGCCGUCGGGCAACUGGAGCGAGGCCGGGGGGCUGGGGGGCUGCUUCUGGGAAGAGGCCGAGACGGACUGGGAGCUCUCCUUCUCGCUGCUGCCCGUGCUCUACAUGCUGGUCUUCGUGCUGGGGCUGUCGGGCAACGGGCUGGUGCUGCUGACCGUCUGGAGGGGCGCGCCGGCCAAACGGCGCCCGGCCGACGCCUACAUCGGCAACCUGGCGCUGGCCGACCUGGCCUUCGUGGUGACGCUGCCGCUGUGGGCCGCCUACACGGCGCUGCGCUUCCACUGGCCCUUCGGCUCGGCGCUCUGCAAGCUCAGCAGCUACCUGGUGCUGCUCAACAUGUUCGCCUCCGCCUUCUGCCUGGGCUGCCUGGGCUUCGAGCGCUACCUGGCCAUCGUGCACGCCCUGCCGCGCUCGGCCGGACGGACGGCAGCCUCUUGCUCGGCCUCCUGGCGGCCGCGCGCCUCCCGGCUGCUCUCGCUGGCUGCCGUCUGGCUGCUGGCCGGCUUGCUGGCGCUGCCGGCCCUGCUGCUGCGCCGGACGCGGCUGAGCCCCCGCGACGGCGGCAACGGCUCGGCGCUGGAGUGCGACAUGGAUUUCAGCGGCUGGGCCGGCAGCGCCGAGGAGGCAGCCCGCUGGCUGGCGGCGCUGAGCCUGGCCACGACCGCGCUGGGCUUCGUGCUGCCGCUGCUGCUGCUGACGCUGUGCUACUGCUGCAUCGGCGCCGCCGUCAGCCGCCACUUCCGACGGCGCGCCCGGCAGGAGGAGAGCCGGCGGGGGCGGCGGCGGCGGCCGCUGCGCAUCAUCGUGACGCUGGUGGCCGUCUUCGCCCUGUGCUGGCUGCCCUUCCACCUGCUGAAGAGCCUCUACGUGCUGGCCUGGGUGGGCGCGCUGAGCCUGCCCUGCGCCUGGCUGGAGCUGAUCCUGCGCCUGCACCCCUACACCACCUGCCUGGCCUACGUCAACAGCUGCCUCAACCCCUUCCUCUACGCCUUCUUCGACGGCCGCUUCCGCGCCCAGUGCCUGCUGCUGCUCGGCCUCCGACGGCCCCGCCGCGGCCCCGCCGGCUCCGUCUCCUCCACGCUCAGCGGCCAGACGCAGAAGUCGGAGCUGCCCUCCUCGGGCACCAAGGUGUAA